AUGCCGCUUCCUGAUCUACCUGUCGACCUUUUCCACCUAUUUUGCCCUGAAUUUCUAGUUGAGAAAUGGGUUACUUGGACUAAUACGCAUGUUGAGACUAUCUUAAACGCGACCGACGCGUCCAACGCCAAAAAUGCAGAUAUUCUUCAGUGGAAGCCCCUCACGGUCGCAAACCUCUACAUUUGGCUUGCAACACUUAUCUACAUGGGCAACAACCCUUGCGAGCGACUUUCUGAUUACUGGGCCACAUCUGCACCAGGGAAAAUCACUCCUAAUCAUGAUAUUACUAAAUAUAUCACCUUCAAGCAAUUUUCUCUGAUUUCCCGGCACAUCAGGACCUUUCCUCCCUCUGACGAGCCUGAGAAUGACGAGCCUAGGAAUAACGAGACUGAGGAUGAAGAGCCGGAGAACGAAGAGCCUGAGAAUGAAGAGCCCGAGAAUGACGAGCCCGAGAAUGAGGUCGAGCGCAUGAUAUCGCGUGUUCAGGAGUGGGGAGAUCUUAUCCAAGCCGUAUCAACGCAGCUUCUUCUUCCGGGCACGAAUUCAUCGGUUGAAUACUCAAAGGGCGAUCACUUGGGAAAGUCGCGAAGAAAUCUGGCCUCAAGAUCUUGGCAGCCGCUGAAAAGGGCUAUCUUCUGCGGUGGGAAUAUCGCAUCCCCAAGGCUGCGCAACCUAUCCCUGCCGCCUGCAACUUAUCACAUAUUCUUCGAUAAGCUUUUUUCGACACUAUCGCUUAUGAAAGCUUUGCGAGAGCGAGGCAUCGCGGCCACAGGCACAGCUCGUACAAAUCAAGGUGUCAAUCAAGGUGUCAAUCAGGGUGUUAGUCACGGCGUUUAUCGCGACUUGGUGAUCGCGAAGCAGGCCGACCGUGAAGGCCGGCUGCAGUGGGGCUUUGAUUCCCUUCGAACUAUACCGUCAGAGGAUGAUCUAGUCAACCAUACUGCGUUCAAGGAUAACUGCCUCGUGUUGUGGAUGACCUCAUUCAGCGGUUCCGAGACUGUCCAGCACCUUCGCCACCGCCCUAACACAACGCAGGCACAAGCUCGUGAGGCUCGAGUCUUCGGCCCUGAUUACGAACGUAUGAUAGAUACGCCUUCUAUACAAAUCGCCUAUAAUUUCAACAUGAACGGAGUUGACCGCGGCGAUCAGCUGCGUGCCCACAGAGGUUGUGGUCAACGACGAAACCGGGGCGGUGGGUGGCAUGCUCUUGCGUGGACUUUCCUCCUCGAUACAGUCCUUGUCAACACAUACAUUUUACAACAGAAAGGUCAGUGCAGCUGGGAGAGUUACAGGUCACAGGCGGACUGGAGGGAAACCCUCACAGAAGCCCUCUUCCGGAAAUAUGUCUCUGCAAGCACCCUCCGCAAGCGAUUUCGCAGUGGGAACGAAUUCCUUCCUAUUUCACAGCAUAAUCAUGUUAAGGCCGAGAUCUACGGUAGGUGUAAGGGUUGCCAAGGAGUCAGACUAGGUGACCUCAUCACACAGAGCUCAAACAGGCGUCGGCCAGCCGUGCCCCGGGCAAAGGUGCGGCAGACCUACUACAGCUGUGACACUUGCAAGGUGCCUUUAUGUACACUGGGAAAUUGCUGGGACUUUUUUCACCAGCCAAUUUGUUAG